AUAUAGAUGCAUGCUUAAUAGUUAAUAUAUAGUUUGGGUAAUAUUUCCAAAGAGAAAACGAAGUUUAGACAUGGGUAUUGAACAUGUUGUCCUUGCAGGUUUGAUUGCCACGAGCUUUGUUGCUAUGGCGUCUGCUCUUAGUGGAACUGCCACUUAUUAUACGCCUCCUUAUGUUCCUUCAUCCUGCUAUGGGUUCGAUGAUGAAGGCACCAUGAUCGCAGCCGCUAGCGACCCCAUAUUCAACAACAGAGCCGCAUGCGGUAAAAGGUACAGAGUGAGAUGCAGCGGCCCCACCAACGCCGGCGUCCCACAACCUUGCAGGGGCCAAGAAGUGGUCGUCAAAAUCGUCGAUCUCUGCCCAUCCCCCGGUUGCCAAGCCACCAUCGAUCUUUCCCAAGAAGCCUUUUCCAUUAUUGCUGACCCUAAUGCCGGUAAAAUCAAUAUUGAAUAUGAAGAGGUGGUAUGAAGAUAUACUUCGCGGUUAUCUCCCAAUAAGCAAGAGCUGUUGAAUAAGACCAAAUUAAAAGUUUUGGUACUGUUUAACAUUCUAUAAAUUAAUUUACUUUCAUAUCUAAUGUUGCUUGGUAUGUACCAAAAUGUAUAAUAAUGUUAUUUAAUAAUGUCAAGUAUGGUCAAAACAUCUUUUCUAUGUUA